AUGCCAGACAGAGAUAAUGACCCCGAGUUUCUGGUUGGUGUCAAGGGCGUGGACAAGCCGCUGUGUUUUCAUAUGGAAGGACUGACCAAUCAGGUCAUCCGUUUGUUACAGGAUCCGGCGUCAGGGAUCAUCGUCAACGCCCGCACAUUUCUCGAUGACGCCACCAACAAGACCUACCUCGGCGCCAUCAUGAUCUCCCAGGGCAACUUCCGGCUGAUCGCCAAGCAACGCGUCGUCAUGGUCAACGAGUCCAAGUACGACUGGACCAACGAGACGGUGCUCAACUUCCCGGGACAGAAGAUCUUCGUCAUCAACAACAAGGCCAUCGUGACCUUCUGGAAGAGGAACAUCACCUUGGUCGUCAGGCGGCACUUCGCUACCGUCGCCGACCAGGCGGAUUCCGAAGAGGGUGAUGUCGACGAUGGGAAGAAAAUUCGAGACAACGAAGAAGGGGGGAAUAUCAGUGAGGAGAACGGGGAGAAUAAAGGAGAUAACCCUAUGUUCGCGAGUAACGGAGAAUCGAGGGCGGAAGUGAUCCCGGUGUUCGGGUUCGCCGAGCGGGAUAGUUUCUCCAACGGGGUCUUGUCUUCCCAGAAACACAAAGGGGUCAUCAUGCAUAAUUUCGUAGGGGUCAACCAGGAUCAGACAUUCGUCCGGAAUUUAUUCGUCGAGGUGGACGGGCAGAAGCGGAGAAAACGAAGUUUAAGGUCGGAGAGUUUUAAAAACCUGAAGCGCGGGGACGCGGAUGAUUUUAAUUCCCGCCCGGGGGAGAGGAUGCAGUACGAGUACAAAAGACAGACGCCCGGGGGUCACGGACAGGAUGAGAAACAGCAGUACCGGCAGCUGGGGGAGAUGUUCAGCCUUCAGCAGAAGAGGCCGGAGACCCAGGGGCGUCGCCAGAGGGAGACGGAGGACGACUACGUGCUGGACGACACGGACAUGAAGAAGGACAGGACCAUCUUCCUGGGGCUCUACGUCACGGACUUUAGAGACCUCUCCAACAAGACACACGGACUUCUAGGACAAUUCCUCUUCAAGAGCGUGCUGAUCGAAAAGAUCAAGUACAGAAACGGCAGGACGAAGGCGACGUUUCUGGUCAGCGGGAACCCCGAGCGCCGCACCCUGGCGCUCUUCACCCUCAAGCACAACCAGGCGCUCAACACCUCCCGGGCCUGCUGGAAGAUACGUCAGCAAGGUCGCGAGGUCAUCGACGGCAAGUACACCGACUACGUCGUCUCCAGCAUCCGCAACAGCAACCUGCUUGAACUACCGCCGCCGUUAUGACUAGAACCGGCCCCCGGGACGAGUCCCGGGGAGGAGACCGACGGGGUGGGGAGACAGGAGAAGACGUCGACGAGCAUGGACGUGGGGGGACGGCGGACGGUGUAUGUUAAUUUUACGAGCCACGAGAUUAAAAAUUACGAGCAGACGACCACGACCUUGUCCUCACUCCUGCUCUACCCGACGUGCGUGUACGAGACUCACCACCGGAUUCACGCGCAUAGCGAGCCCGAGAAUAAAACGUAGCGAGACCACGUGACAUUUUUAACUCUAUUUUUCUUUUACCAAACGGAAGACAGUAGACAGAGACUGUGCGAAACUGAACACUAAAUAAAACUGCUUUGCGUGUCUGUUUACAGUUUGCUUCCUAUCUAAACCGAUUUUUAUUCUAAAACAAGUAAAUACAGAGAAUUAUUUUGUUUACUAACGCGGCUGGAA